UGUUAGAACUUGACCGAAAUGGCGUCGCGUCUGGGUCGGCGGUAGUUUCGCGGAAUUUUGCAGCUAAAAUCCAUUCGACUUUCCACGUUUAAGAUUUCUGUUUUAUGCUCACCCUACUCCAUAUGCCUCAGUUUCGGGUUCGGUGAUCGCGUGCGUGUGUUGCGUGGGUGUAUUUGGCUGGCGUUUUCUUUAACUAUCUCAACGAGCUCGCCUCGAAGUCUUUUUAAUCCCUAAGUAUUAAUUAUCAAUAUUUCUCUAUGAAAAUAACAUCAAACUUUUUUCACAGUCGCGGAUUAAAAUCCGCCGAUGUAAUAUUUCGGUUAACAACUCACGUCUAACACACAGUUCCAUAGAGUGUCUGUUUGCAAAACAAAAAAAGAAAGGAAGAAAGAAAGACAAAAAAAACGAAGAAAAUAAAUUACAAAUAAAAAAAAACGUAAUCUUUCUACAUUGAAGUGAAAGAGGCUAAAAUAUAUUUGAACAAAAUAUAUUCAAGGUAUAUAUAUGUAUAUUGUACAUAUAUAUCAAAGUGCACCUGUGCCGGAUGUGCACAGUUAUCAUCUAAAAUCAAAUAAAAAUAACAGACACUUCAAUUAGAAAUACGCGCAUGAUCUUGACGUUUGCAAAGGAAGAAAAGAAUGGAAGCUGAGAGUGUUUUUAAAUUCUCCGUAUUUCAAAUUUGAAUGAAAAAUAAUAACUUCAUAUCCUUUGUUAUUUUCAGUUUUAUUCGUCAACUCGAUAGAACAAAUAGACGAGUUUGAUUGAAAAAACAAUAAAAUAGAACAAACAAAAAGUUCUGUGGUGAUUAGAAGGAGAGGAAAGAAAAGGGGUGAAAUAAAAACAAAAACUGAUUAAGGAGGAGGCUGAGGAAGAGAAGAAAAGACGGAACGGGUGUUUGAAGAGCAAUUAAAGGAGAAUAAAUUGAUAAAUUUGCUAUUUUUAAAUAACGGUUGGUCUGCGGUGUCAGAAUAUUGUGUUGUGUCGGGUUGAAAUCAACAACCCUGUUCAUGAUUUUCCCGACGCUCCGUCUGCCGAACUGCACCUAACGGGGGUUACAAAAAGUAUAUAAAUAUGGUGGAUGGUGUGCGUGAUGUUAGCGGACGUCUGUUUUGAGGGGCCAACAAGAAGAAAUCAUCAUCAUCAUCAGCACCACCAUAAAACGAUAUCAGUUAAAUUCUCUGACGUUGGUCAGAAUUUGAAUACAACCCCAACUAAAUUUUGCACCGCUUUUAAUAAAGAAAAAUACAACAAUAACAUUGUCAUUAAUAAUAAUAAAAAUAACCAAGAAAAUAAAGAACCUGAGGACAAGGAGAAAAAAAAAGAAGAAAAAACAUUAUUUACGCUAGUAAAGGGAGGAUUGAGUAACCUUUGGUUUUUAUCUCUUUGUCGAAUUUUAAACUACCCUGGUGUAAGUUGAUGAUCAAUCUUAUUCGCAUUUAUCCCUUUCCUGAAUUAAUAAUUAGUCAAACCGCAUGACGUGAUUUUUUUUGAAACUGCAAAGCAAUCUUCGUCAAUGAAUAAUUGAUGAAAGAGUAUCGCCACGAUAUAAUUUUCAAUAAAGAAAUGAAUAAUUAAAUGUAAGUAAGUGACAGAGACUUUUUUAAAAUGAAAAAUGAAACGACAUUAGCUGGAUGAAUGAAAAUUCGAGAGCUUUCGAGAAACUUCUACUAUACAUUAUGCAUGUGAUGAGAAAACGGUGAAUUAUUAUGAACAAACUUCAAGAUAUGGAUAUAAUAUCUUAAAAGUGAAUGAAUUGUUGAAUAAUAAGAAGACAAUUAUCGCUGAUAAUAAUUUAUACUAAUUACUUACAACUACUCGUAUAAAAUUGUAUUAUGUACGUACGCGUGAUAAAACUGCCCAAAGGAAUUCUAUAAAACAAAAAUCAUAAAACGGUAUAUGUAUAAAAUAGUGAAGUAUAAAUUGUGUGAAACGUAUUAAUGAUUACCUAAUGUGCAUCUAUUCAUGUCUUAUUUCUGUGUGUGCGUAUUCGUUUUGCAUAAUUAAAAAAUUACAUUAUAAAUAAUCGACGUAUCUGCCUGAAUUCUAUGUCGUGAUAAACGUGAUUUUAUUUUUUUCUUCUCUUGUUACAGAUAAUUCAAAAUAAUAACAUUCAAAUGGUGAUCUCAAUGCUCGCAGAAGAAAAAAAAGAAACAGAUAACCAAAAAAUUGGGGGCUGUUCCUCUUUGACGAAAACUAAAUAAUUAAAGAAGAAAGAAAGAAAAGCCAACAGCAAGAUACUAGCAAAUAAGGCUCUUCAAUCGUAAAUCCUACACUGCCAGAGUGAAUUUCUUAAUUUUCGUGAACUCUACUAGAACAAAAAAACUGAAUAAUUUGUAACGAUGAGUGGUGUGAUAACCAAACCUUAAUUAAUUCGUCUGACUAAUUUGUGAGAUGAUUAUUAAUAAUACAAAUUUCCAAUUUAUAUCUUUGAUGAAGUGAAUCUUUCAUCUCGGAUUUGGAUAAUGUGCUUUUGAAAGAAAAAACGGAAAAAGAAAAAAUAGAUAUUAAAAACAAUUGAACGGAGCUAAGUCAUCAAACUAGUUUUUCGGCCCUGUGCCAACAACCUCUUUACUAAAACAUCUCGUAAUACAUUUAUCCUUUUUUCAUAUGAUAAAGCACAAAAUUUGGGACGUUGUAGCCGAAGUUUGUAAUCCAUUGAGAAUUUGGAGAAGGAUUGAAGAAAAAAUGAAAAGAAAAAUAACAGCUAGAAAUUUGCAAGUAGACUGAUACAAUGAAAAGUUAUACCGAUUAGUGGAUGAAGAAUGACAAGUUGAAAAAAAAUAAUCAAUGAAUAAAUUCAAUCAGAUUAUGUAUGUUUAUAAGUACGCACUGUUUAUGAAUAGCAAACAGGAAGUACGUGCAGUAAUUUGAUAAAAGGAUAUUAAACCAACAAAAGACGAUCCGUUCUACUAACAUAACAAUAUUUAUAGUCUGUAAAAGAAAUGAACAUGAACACAAGAGUUGUUCUCAACUUCUAUAGUUCCUUACUGCAUUUAAACGGGUUAUUCAGAUAAUUAAAACGGUUGAUUCUUUUUUUUCCUAAUUUUUUUUUCUCGUUAGAUAAAAAUCACACAAAUAAUUUUUUUUCACUGCCGUCACAUUUUUUUUGGUAAUUUUCUGUGUUCCGUUCUCAAAUAACGUUCUUACGUAUUUGUUUUUGAAAUACGCUAAUGAAUCAUUAAUAUACUACUUCGUCUAGUCUACAGCAUUUUUGGUGUUGCAUUUUUAUAUUUUCCAUCUUUAUGGAAAAAAAGAGAAAUAAAAAUAAAAAAAAAUUAUAUAAAACGCUUCUCAAAACGUGAUAAGCCGGCGCUAUUUCCUGUUUUUUUUUAUUCUUAAUAAACUUUUUUUUGUUAUUUUUCAAUCAACGAUCUCAAGAUUAUACCGUUAUAUUGUAACUGAAACAUCGAGAGCAAGAAGAGUGAGAGAAAGAAAUAUAUAUUUAAAAAGAUAAUUAUUAUUCGUUUCGUCGUCUUUUCGUGCGCAAACGAAUGAUCGUAAAAAAUAAUAAACAAAAUAAAUUGAGACUGAAAUCGUAACAAAUCUCUCAAUCAGGAUAAAUAUUAAUAUUACACUGAUACAAAAGCAUGAUAAUACAAUUAAACACCACGAAAGAUUGAUUAAAAGAAAUUUUUCUAAACAAUUAUCAUUAAAUUUAUUGUAAUUAAUGAGAAAAAAAACUAGAAUAUUAAUAAUCAAACAAUUGUGUAUUUGCUUUUAACGACAAGUAAAAUAAUGCAGCAGAGUAACAAUGAAACAACGACCUAAUGGUCGAAACUAGAUAGAUAAAGUGCAGGAGAUAAUAAGAAUAAAAAUUAAUUUUGAAUCCUAAAUGGGCACAAAUGACUAGUUUAGCUUUAGCGAGUAGUUUGAUCGAGAUGCCGUUAUCAAGACCAAGAGCAUCAAAUGCAAUUUCAACGCAGACUUACAUCUCGACGAACGAAAGUAACCACUUGCCCCCAUUGAAAGGGGGCAGCCUAGUCCUUAAACAGGGGGAAUCGCCUCAGAGCCACUCGGCACAUGGCAGUACGCAUCUGCCAAGCCUGGGUUCAAGCGCUAACAACAGCCUUCAAAGUUUACCAGGAAAUUCUGAUAGCCUUAACAUUAGUCUCAGCUCGCAUGCCAGCCAUACAAGCCACAAUUCAAGCUGCCACAAUUCGCACUCUCAACCUAACAGUCAGUCGAGCAGUCCCAUGGUUAAAAAUGGACGACCCGAUGGAAAUUCAACUGGAGGCAAACCAGCUACCACCGUCACGACCCCUGAGACAGUUAUGAAACUUUACAUGAAGUACCUUACGCCGCACGAACAUCACGAGAUAUUUAACUACCCUCAAAUACACUACAUCGGAGCAAAUGCUAAAAAGAGACCUGGGACUAUUGGCAUAGCAGCUUAUAACAAUGGAUACGAUAAUGACCAGGGAUCGUAUAUCCAUAUAACGCACGAUCAUGUGGCGUACAGAUAUGAGGUGCUUAAGGUCAUUGGGAAGGGAUCUUUUGGACAGGUUGUUAAGGCUUAUGAUCAUAAAACGCAAGAACAUGUGGCGCUUAAGAUGGUGAGAAAUGAGAAGAGAUUUUAUAGACAAGCUCAGGAGGAGAUAAGAAUCUUGAGGAAUCUCAGGGAACAGGACAAGGAUAAUUCAAUGAACAUUAUACACAUGUACGACUCGUUUUCGUUUAGAAAUCAUAUGUGCAUUACCUUUGAACUGCUCAGUAUAAACUUAUAUGAACUUAUUAAAAAGAACAAGUUUCAAGGAUUCAGCCUUGCACUUGUCAGAAAGUUUUCACAUUCGCUUCUACAGUGCCUCGAUGCUCUCUACAAAAAUAAAAUCAUACACUGUGAUAUGAAGCCUGAAAACGUCCUGCUAAAACAACAAGGACGGAGCGGUAUCAAGGUGAUCGACUUCGGUUCGAGUUGUUACGAGCAUCAGAGAGUUUACUCUUACAUACAAAGCAGAUUUUACAGAGCACCGGAAGUAAUAUUAGGUGGCAGAUACGGUAUGCCAAUAGAUAUGUGGAGUUUGGGUUGUAUCCUCGCUGAAAUGUUCACCGGUUUCCCGUUACUUCCCGGCGAAGAUGAGGCCGAUCAAUUGGCUUGCAUAAUAGAAUUAUUGGGAAUGCCACCCCAGAGAUUAUUGGACUCGGCAAAAAGAUCGAGAAAUUUUAUAAGUUCGAAAGGAUAUCCCAGGUACUGUACGGCGACUACAAUGCCGGACGGUACGACGAUGUUGAUCGGAGGAUUGUCGAGGAGAGGUAAAAGAAGAGGUCCUCCUGGUUCCAAGGAACUUGGAAGAGAACUCAAGGGUUGCGACGACGCAUAUUUUCUCGAUUUUAUACGUAAGUGCCUAGAGUGGGAUCCGGAAUUAAGAAUGACUCCGAACAAAGCUCUGAAACAUAACUGGCUUAGAAGAAGAUUGCCCAGACCACCUGGAGAGAAAUCUGGGGAUACGCAACAGCAACAACAAUCGCAGCAACAACAACCCCAGCAGCAACAACCGCAACAACAACAAUCAGCCCCCACGGUACCAGCUCCAACUUCAGGUCUAAGAACUCCGGCUUCUGGAAGUAGAAAUUCUAACAAUAAUUCAAGUUUUCAUCGACCGCUGGUGCACCCGCGAGAUAUAGCCGAUAUUGAAGAAUUUAUACUAUAAAAAAAAUUAAAUUAAACAGAAUUAAAUUAAAAAUAAAUCUAGAAUCAUACAAAAAUCAUGUGGAACAUUAAACCAAAAUGCAUUUUAUAAUUGCUAAAGAUAUGUACCGUGCAUUAUAUAUUAUACCUAUACUGGCAUGUAAUAAUCACUCUCCAAGCUAUGCGACGAUGACUUUUUUCUAUUCGUUUUAUCUUUUUAAUGACAGUUGAACAUGAAAUUUUUAGUUAUCACAUAACCGAUGAAAAAAAAUGGAAAUAGAACAUCAGCGAAUAAUUGUUAUUCUCAUUAUUAUUUUUCUUCUUCUUCAUCUUCUUAUUACUAUUAUUCCUAUUAUUAUUGUCAUUAUUAUUAAUAGUAAUACCCCAUUAAUUAUUCGACAGUUUAAUGUCAUUCUUGCAAACGGGGGUUGACGAUAAAUAACGAAAAUGUGACUUAAAAGAAUAAAGAAAAUAGAAAAGAAAAGUAAGAUGAAGAAAUAAAAUGAAAUAAAUGAAAAACCGAAAAAGAAAACACGCAUAGAGAAUAUGUUGAAUUAAUAAAAAAGCACUUAACGCGACUUAAUGAAAAUGUAAUAAGUUAUUCGAUUAUGAUUCGAUUUUAUUUUGUUUUAUUUUACUUUUUUCGUCUUGUAUAUUUAUAUACGUGUGAGUGUAUAGUUUUAAAAAUAUCUUAAGUAAUUAUAGAAUUUUGUGUGAUUUUUAUUGAGAAUACAACUGAAGAAGAAAAAAGAAAAAAUUAAAUUGAUGAAAAAAAAGGUUGAAAGAAAUAUAUAAUAACUAUUUUAUCGAACUGAAUUAAUUGGACUUAAUUAAUUAUAUUUGUUUCUCCUUUUCGUCUCCAUGUUAUUAUUGAUUUUUUUUUUACUCCUUACAGAUUUUGUAAAUGUAAUAUCGCAUUUUAACACAGGACGAAAAUUUAGCGAAAAUUUCUUUCUAAUAUGCCGAAUCGAUGUGCAUCAUAAGACUCGUGAAAUUAUUGUGAAUAAAUAUACGUUAUUAUAAUAUAAUCGUGCAUGUAGAAAGGUAAAAAGUAAAAUAAAUAAAUUGAGAAAAUGAAGAAAAAAAGAACAAUAUGGCGAUGGAAAAGAGUAAAUAAAUAAUAUACCUAUAUCUGUAAGAGACGAUUAAUUAUAAAUUAUAAUUAUAUUAUAAUAUAGUUGAAUUCGUGAUACGGAACAGAAUAUAAUUGUUUUGUGAUAUGGAACUUAGAAAAUAAUUAAAUAAAUCAAUAAAUCAAUAAACAAUAAUAAUAAUUAUUAUUAUGUAACGUACAUUAUGAAUAAGUAUAAAAAUAGGUGAUUUAUAUAUCGAUGACACGUAAGAUCGGAAGCAGAAACAAAAAAUAAUUUGCAAAUAUACAUGUAUACAUAAAGUUAUAAGCGGCUGUAUGAUAAAUUAAUAUGUAUGUUAUUGGAUUGAUUGGGAAAAAAACUAAGAAAAAAAUCAUCAUCCAAUAACAUUUGAGAAAAGAAUUUUGACGAUACAACUGAUAUAGCAAAAUCGCAAAACGCUGGGACUCUGUACACUAUAAGUAUCGAAAUUUUUGAAAAAAAUAAAAUAGACAAACAAAAAAUGUCUGCAAAAAAUAUAAAACGAACCAGAUAAAAAACUGAUGUCGCCAUCAUUUCUAAUUUUAUAUAAUUCUAAAAUAUACGGAACCAGAAUUCAAUUAAUUUUGCAUUUCUUUCGUUACAUUACUACUACUAUUACUACGAAUGUCAUCAUUAUGAUUAUUAUUACUAUUAUUAUUACCGUGGAACUAAGGAAAAUAGGUAGUUGACAUUACUUAAUUAUAUGAAUGAGAACGAAGAAAAGAAACAAACUGAACAACCUACUACUGUAAUAUUAUUCGUAUAAUAACGUGUGUGACGCUCGCUUUUUUGUAUUUUAAUUUUAAUUGUUUUUUUUUUGGUUGUUUUUCUACUUGUCAAUGUAAAAAUGGAAUUAUUGUGGAAUCGAAAUAUUAUUAUACAAUAAUGACGUGUAAUGAACUUACUCGUUUUUAAUUAUUAUCUCACGAUUAUGUAUCAUGUAACAUUAUACAAUAUACACUAUCACAUGUAGAACUCAUGAGUAAAUGAAAGAUUAUUGAGAAAAAGGAAAACUUGUAGGUAAACAAAGAAUUAAGAAGAACAAAAAACAUUGUCGAAUGAUUUCAAACGAUUGCGAAUAUAUCAAUAAUUUUACAGAGAAGAAAAAUAAAGAAACGAAGAAAAUUCAUGUAUAAUAUGUACCUAAUAUACUUUUAUACGAUAAUUUUUUUUCCCUUUUUUUAAAUUUUUGUCAAUUUUUGUCUCGAGAGAAAAAAUAAUUUUCUAACUAUUCCGAAAUUUUUAUUAUCAUUGUGUAACUUGUGGAUAACGAAAAUUGAAGAAAAAAACAAUAAAAAAAUAACGACGAUGUAUAGUUCAAUCGUAUUGUACUAUGUGUAAGCGGUGUGUGUGCAUUAUACUAUACUAUACAUAUAUAUAUAUAUUUAAAUAUAAAGCUGUGUAAGUUUCAAUAUACUACAUGUGUAAAUUUUUUUUUUCUCAUCCAGUUGUCUUAAACUCGUAUGCAUAGAUCUUAUUUCUCUUUCUUUUUUGUCUAAUCAACGAUUCUGAAUCUCUUCUCCUUUCUUUUCGUUUCUUUAAUAUAUAUUAUCACUUGAUCCGUAAUCAACCGAUCCGUUAUAUUAUUUUAUUCCGAAAGAACGUGAGUAUAAUUUCGGGUAUAUGCAUCGCAUAUUUACUUUAGCUUUUUAUUUUUUUCGUUCACUAUUCUAUAAUGUAUUUGAAUUUGAAUGUAAUUUUUGUAUUUCACUCUUCCAUGUUCGUGAUCCUUCGCAUAAUUAUUCACAUGUAAUACGUGAGAUAUCGUAUAUCCAUAUAAUUCAUUAUAUUUAUAUCGGAUUGUGAUAUUGAUUUAUCAAAUUUAAUUUGAAUUGGAAAUAAACCGCCACGCGCGUGCACGCGUAUAUCCAAAUUAUACAUAUAGGUAGGAAAUACCCCCUAUUUGCAGUUAAAAAUUUCUUAUACGCUUCUGGAGAUUUUAUUGAAAAAAAAAUAAAAAUGAAA